AUGGUAAUCUGUCGCGUUCCACCUGCGCUUUUCUUGAGCGUUCGACGGGUAUCUAUAAAAGAGAAACUCAAAGGUUACAAGUUUCCCGAGUUGAAGGCGGAAGAUUGCGAACAGAAAUACAUCUCUGGCUGGGGCCCAGGAGGUCAGAAAGUGAACACUGCUCAGAAUGCUGUUCAACUACGACAUCUCCCAACAGGCCUGGUUGUCAAGGUUCAUGAAUCACGUCUUCUUCCAAAGAAUAUAGAAAUAGCAUUCGAGCGGAUGAAAUUUGCUUUGGAUCGUCAUAUCAAUGGAGAAAACUGUUAUGAAGAGCAGUACAAGAAGUUGCAACGGGAAAAAGAGAUGAAAGCCAAGAAGAAACGGGAAACUCAACGAAAUCUGCGCAAGAAGUUUGAGGAGAACUUGGAAGGAUCAGAAUCAGAAAAGUGA